UAUCAUGCACUCGAAGGCAAAUGAAAACCACAGAACACAGGAAAUACAAGUGAAAUACAAGCAGACUGUUGUUUUGAGCGAAUCACUCUCUCCAUGCCUCUCUUCUGUGUGACUGGCAGGUUAGAAACUCUGGGCACCGACCGCACCGUUUCAGCAGUUUGCAGUUUGUGGUUGUAGCUUCAGUACUGAUACCGGGGCAUACAAACCAGACUGAGCUUUUUAGAGAGAUGGGAAGCUUUUUAAGUUGUAACCGAAGAAAGAAGAAACCUGAAAACACUGAUAAUGACAAUCAGGCAGAAACAGAGACAGAAGAUGUGCUCUAUGCCUCCAUUGACCACGGUAACGUCGAUCCCAACAGACCUGUUCGAGAAAACGCGGAGGACAACGACUGUGAUUACGCUGUCGUAAUGCUCCCUCAAAACGCAGCAAACACAGCCAAGCACAAAGGAGCAGUUGAGGACAGUUCAGAUGAUUACGUGCUCAUGGGCUGAGCGCUGGGAUGCUCCCGAACGGACGGCACGACUUUAAACACUUGUUAACUGUGUGUAGUGAUAUUCAGCUUUUCAAAAGUUUUAUUUAUUUUUAUUUUUUUAUUAUUUGGUUGUAAUAAUUCGUCUAUUUCAGGUGUGUUUUUUUACACAGAAUGUUUACAGCAUGAAGUAAAAUAUGUUUGAUAUUUUGAUGCAGUUUAAGUAAUUACUACCUUCAUGUGCAUGUACAGUGAAAAAAACGGCAUAUUAUAUGGAUGCGUGUUAUGGUAAUGAUAAUACAAUAUUUAUGUAGGCUUUACGACAUUAAAGAGAGAUUUUUUUCCUGUAAAACUUUAAUCGGUAGGUGAUAAAGUACAGCAUCAUUAAAGAAGAGUUGCAUGUGUCUGAUAUGAGGAAUUAUGAAUUUAUGUUGUUGUAUAAAUGUUUAUCAUUUAAAUCAUUUUUUGUCUUUCUGUCCUCCAAAAUAAAAUUCCAGUACCGUCAUCAUAUAGGGUGAACACAAUAAAACCAUAUAUAUUUACUCAA